AUGUAUUUGCAGUGGCGGUUGAGGAUUCUCUACACCAAGAUCCUGGGCGCCCUUCAAACCAUGCCCCAGGAUGCUGCCUACAGGAAGUACACUGAGCAAAUUGUCAACGACCGGUUCGAAGCAGUGAAAACGGUGUCAAAUGUAGGAAAACUGGAGCAGAAGAUCAAUGGUGGUCAGAUAGAGGAAGUCAUUGCACAGGCCGAAUUUGAGCUGUCUUUGGCUAGGAAGAUGUCAGAAUGGAAACCAUGGGAACCACUCAUUGAUGAACCACCUCCUAAUCAAUGGAAAUGGCCGAUCUAAGUAGGCUCAACUCAAGAACAAAUAUUUCAGGUUAAUUUUGUUUUGAUGUAGUUAUUUAUGCUCCAAGUAACCAAUAAAACUGUCUGUAAAUAUA